AUGCGGUCCUCGCCCUCUCUGUCGUCCUCUCUUCGCUCGGCGACAUGUCCACGGGUAACCGGUUUCACUCCUCCUCCCCCGAGGUUAAUAUGUCACUCUGCCAAAGCACAGACAAUUGUCACUCCAACCACUCGCUUCCCUCCGUUCAAUUGUGUCUCUCGAAGUGCUGUUUGGUCCCGGGGGAGAUGUUUGUCCACAUCACCGAUACUCCGUGAAGUCCGGAGCGGUAAUACCACGGAAAAGCCGCUUACUGAACCUCAAAAAUCCACCUCGGUUGAACUCGAAUUUGAGGCCUUUGGUCGCUCAGAGAAGGCUACCAAGGCUGCUCAAGUUAAUCUCUCUGCGCGCUUGCAUAAAGAUGGGAAUCCGAGUGCUGUGAAACCGGUUCUUGGAGAAAUAGUUCGAUUAUUGAAAAUUGCGCGCCCGGAAGCUAAAUGGCUAUCAGUUGCGUUCGUCUUUCUCUUGAUGAGCUCGGCAAUCUCGAUGUCUAUCCCGUUCUCGAUUGGCAAAAUUCUCGACAUGGCAACACGGACCGAUGUGGGCACUCUGCUUGGACUACAACUACCGCAGUUCUACAUGGUCCUUGGAGGGGUUCUAUGCCUCGGUGCGGCAUGCAAUUAUGGUCGCAUAGUUCUCCUCCGAAUUAUCGGCGAACGUAUUGUAGCCCGACUCAGAUCGCAGCUCUUCCACAGGACCUACGUUCAGAAUGCCGAAUUCUUCGACGCUAAUCGUAUAGGGGACUUGAUCUCCCGUCUCUCCUCGGAUACAGUCGUUGUCGGUAAGAGUAUCACUCAGAACGUGUCCGAUGGCCUCCGUGCACUUGUUACUGGAACCGCUGGUCUUGGAUUGAUGGCUUAUGUCAGUUUGAAGUUGACGGCUGUGCUGAGCAUCAUGUUCCCACCGGUUGCUAUUGGAGCUUUCUUUUAUGGACGGUCCAUCAGGAAUCUGAGUAGGAAGAUUCAGAGGAACCUUGGCACGUUGACGAAGAUUGCCGAGGAACGGCUUGGCAAUGUACGAACUAGUCAGGCAUUUACAGGUGAGAUAUUAGAGGUUUCGAGAUACAAUCGUCAAGUUAAGAAGAUAUUCGCACUUGGUAAAAAGGAGUCUUUGAUAACUGCUACAUUUUUUAGUAGUACGGGUCUAAUUGGAAAUAUGACCAUUUUGGCGAUUCUUUAUAUUGGGGGACAGCAGGUCAAAUCUGGAGCUAUAAGCAUUGGGGAGCUAUCUUCAUUCUUGAUGUACACUGCGUACGCUGGGUCCAGUCUCUUUGGUCUCUCGAGUUUUUACUCGGAAUUGAUGAAAGGUGUCGGAGCAGCGAGUCGCCUUUUUGAACUCCAAGACCGAAAACCCUCCAUAUCGCCAACAGUCGGAAUUCCUGUAACCUCAGCCCGCGGCACCAUAAAAUUCGAAAAUGUCUGCUUUAGCUAUCCCACCCGUCCGGCCGUAGCAAUCUUCAACGACCUAACCUUCUCCAUCCCGCCGGGCACAAACGUAGCUAUAGUUGGCCCUAGCGGUGGGGGAAAGUCCACAAUCGGCGGCCUACUUCUCCGCUUCUACGACCCCACCUCCGGCAAUAUAGCCAUCAACGACGUCCCCGUCUCCACCAUGAACCUAAAAUCUCUCCGUCGUCGCAUAGGUCUAGUCUCCCAGGAACCAGUCCUCUUCUCCGGCACCAUCGCGGAAAACAUCUCGUACGGAAAACCCACAGCAACAAGAUCCGAAAUCAUAACCGCCGCUAGGAAAGCCAACUGCACCUUUAUUUCUGAUUUCCCCGAUGGGCUAGAAACCUACGUGGGAGCCCGAGGCGCCAUGCUCUCGGGAGGGCAAAAGCAGAGAAUCGCGAUUGCGAGAGCGCUUGUCAAGAACCCGGACAUUUUGGUUCUGGACGAAGCCACUAGUGCGCUGGAUGCUGAGAGCGAAACGGCGGUGAACGAGGCGCUUAACGGGCUUAUGAAGAGUGACUGUACGACAAUUUCUAUCGCACAUAGGCUUAGCACUAUUAAACGGAGCGAUAGGAUCAUUGUGCUAGGAAUUGAUGGUAGGGUAGCGGAAACGGGCAGUUUUAGGGAGUUGAGUGCUAGGGACGGUCCGUUUUCCCGGUUAAUGGAGUGGCAGUUACACGGCGGUGAGGUACCAGCACCGCUGCUAAGACACUGGGGCACUUUGGGAGAGAGGGAAGUGGACGAGGAGGUUGGGGAUGAUGUCGAAGGGGGAGUCGAGGGAAUAGAAGAGGAAGAGGAGGAAGAGGGUAGCCGCGUCGAACGGGGAAAGAUGGUAAAUGUAGCUCUCAAAGCACCGGGUGAUAAUCGGUGA